UGAGUUAGUUCGAUUCGCGUUUGUUGCGCUUGAGUUGAACGAUUUUUCCCCUGUUUCGCAUUGUAUUUUAUGAUGUCCUCGUACAGCAUAUUUUUAUUGCAUAGAAGAUGUUGAUCCUAUCGACUAAUGAAUUGAAGUAUGAACAGAAAUAUCAAUGAACAGUAACAGUAUCAGUACUACCACGUUUUGUAAACUAUACUAGUGCUUCAAUCAAAAUCAUGCAUCAACAAUAUAAUAACGAUAACUACGCACAAAGAGAGUUAAGUACAUUAGUUUUGGUUUUGAUAAAAUGAAUACUUUUUUCUUUUACACCGAGGAUACCUAAUCCGUCCUCGUGUUGACCUCGACGUCACAUGUUUGUUCUUGCGGCCCUACUUAGGUAGCACCAUCUUUGCUGGGCUGUGCAGCUUGCUAGCCGUGUAGUACGCGAUUAUUCUCGUUUUUCAUCUACUUAGAUACAACUAGUCGUACAGUCUCGGCCGCGUCUACCUUUAUUUACAUCUCGUCUUCUGACAACAUGUAUGCAUCCAUCUUUCUUGCUGUGCUAGUGAUGACAGGAGAAAGCUCAAGUGACAUUUUUUCCAGUAAUAUUAGUAAUGUCACUCUUCACCAGUCGCAUAUUGUUGUUGUUGCGAUUGUAUGUGUAAAAAAAUCAUAUUGAGAUUUGCAUUUGUCUGCUUGUCGUGUAAAAGUUGACUUCUAUGAGGAACAUAUCCUAGUAUUCGAAUCCAACUACAGGAGCCUGUACUAAAAGCCGU